GCACUGACUGACAGUCUGUGCGGUCCUGACAAGCUAGCGGGACUACUCCCGGACUAGGGAGCCAAACUCAAGGAUUAACACAUUCUGGUGUGGGGUUAAUAUUUACACCAAUGGCAGCUGAACUUCUACAGGAUGGGGAACAGUUUCCAUGUAUCCAAGAUUGGUUCGAACUUGAGCUGUGCGACGUCCGCCCUCCUCCCAGGGGGGAGGGCAGGGCUCUACAGAGUUGCAUGGAUGAAAAACCGACACGGAAAACCAGAUGAUGAGCUACGGCUCUUGGCGGAGGUUUAUCGCGUGUCCUCCAACAACAGCCCCCCGCGAUGGAAGCGAGUGACGGACACCCUCGUCCCAGUGACGGUCAAGUGUCUGCAGGACGCGCCGUUCCACGUCUUCCACAUCACAGCAAACAACUUCGCUGACCAACGGGUGCUCGACGUCCAGAUUACUGUUCCAGGAACCCUGUUCAACAAGACAGCAGAGAGCUUUGUACAAUGGCGGGACAAAAUGAACGGUGGAGCUUGGGGACUCAACUUCGUGUCAGAAAACGAUGCAUUCCGUUUCCUAGAUGCCUGUAUGCCCACUGGCCGUAACACGCUCUCCCCGGUCAGUAACUGCUCCUCCAGCUCCCUAAGGAUCACCCCACCCAAGAAAUAUGGACCAACUGAGAGUGGAACCGACCUGAGACCACCGGUGAACUCUCGUAACACGAGCAGCAGUUCCUCCUCGCGCACCAGCUGCUCUGAGUACGAGGGCGUCGACUCCGAAGGUUCCAGCAACUACGAGAAUGUUUCCAGGGAAAUCGACGAGGAGGCAGCAGGGAAAGAAAACAUGCGGACAAGCCGAAAGGACAGCGAUGUCAAAGGUAUGACAAAGUGUCAGGAAGAGAGAGCGGCCUCCGAAAGAAGGCAUCGAUCGCAUUCCUGCGACGGACAGUCGAUCGCACUGGAGACCAGAAUCAAGAGAUAUCUGUACAUGGAGGACGCUGGCGAUGCAACGGAAAGCUGUUCCGCACAGAGCAUGACCAUCACGUCAUUUCCCGUCAACAAAAUCUGUAACCAGUCAGGUUCGACGAUACAGUCCUCGGCCACACCUACCUCAAGCCCGUCCAAGGCUAGUGCAAAUACUUCAGUCAAUGCCAGCCCAAUGUCGGUGUGUUCUGUGUCUUCCGCUCGGUCGGCAAAGAUUUCCGACGGCUCAAAGAAGUUGGUUUCCAGACAAACGAGUGCGCCGUCGGCCGUUGGACAUCACAAGCCACCACCCCAAUCUUUUCCGCAUUCACUGUCCAAAGCUAGCACUGCUCAGAACAGCUCUUUCACAAUAUCCACACCAGACUCUAGCAGUUUCAGUGACUCCAGGGGACUCAGCUCCCCGCCUAGCAGCCCUAUGGUUGUCGAUUCCAACCCAUCCACGCCUUGCAAGUCCGAAUCCCUCAGUCCGAGGCGGCUCUUCGUAAAGCAGAGGAGCGCGCCGUGUAACCUCGGAGCGAAGCUGUACUCCCAAGGGCGGCGUACCUCCAUCGGAAGCAUCACCGAAGAGUACCUAUCCCAGAAUGCCCACUCCAUCGAUGAAGAGGGAGAAGACCCGGCGUACGAUAACGUCGACCCUCGUGAAAACGGUUCUCGCCGCGGGAGCCUCUACGAGAACCAGAACUUCGCCGCACCGCUCCUUCCCCCUGCCGACUUCCAGGAGAACGACAGCAUCUUUCGGGAGUAUGAGUUCCAGAUGAAGCGGCACGGCAGCGAGCGGUCGGACAGCGGCUUCGAGGGGGGCUACCCGGAACUGGACAACAUCUCCUCCUCAAGGUCAGGUAACAGCGGGAACAGCACCACCUCCACACACAUGAAGCAGUUCCUGGCCUCGCUGCCGUCCUCCUCGGAGAGCGGCAGUCACGGGACGAGCAGCGACAGCAGCAGCGUGGGUAUCCAUGGCGACGUGGGGAAGCUGCGAAUGAAGGACCCGCGCUGCUCUGUGAGUGAUGAGAGCAUGAUGGAGGAUGUGCGGCAUUCAAAGCUUAUGAGGGGAUACGAGAGUAACGAAGAGGACCGCUCCAUCAAUGAAAGUGAGGAGGAGGAGGAAUCUGACCUGCACUCUCCAUCCAGGUCUCACAAAGCCUACAACCGACAGGGAGGCAGCAUCAGGAAGACUGGCUGGCUGCAUGUCAAGAACUUCCUGGAACACAAGAAGAAGAAGGUGGAACUGUCCAACAAGAGGAGAUGGAGAAAGUUCUGGGUUUGCCUGAAGGGCACCUUGCUGCUGUUCUUCGAGUGUGACGAGAGACAGCCGGUGGACGAAAACUCUGAGCCGACACAAACGCUCUUUGUAGAGGGCAGUAUUGCCCAGGCAGUGCCUGAGCACCCCAAGAGAGAAAACAUUUUCUGUCUCAGCAACGGAUUUGGUGAUGCCUACUUGUUUCAGGCUUAUACCCAAAUAGAGAUGGAGAACUGGAUCACUGCCAUCCACUCAGCUUGUUCGUCUGCCAUUGCAAGGCAGCAUGGGAAGGAUGACACCCUGAAGCUGCUGAGAGCAGAGGCUCAGAAACUGGAGGAAAAAGUUGAUGCUGACACUAAGAUGAAGAAGAUGGGAGAACUGCAGAUGGCCGUCGUGCCUGACCCAAAGAGCAGAGAAGCAAUCACUAAACAGAUCAUCCAAUGGGAGCAGAACCUAGAGAAGGUCCAACUGGAGCUGUACAGAUACAGAUGUUACAUGGCCUCCCUACAGGGGACUGAGCUGCCCAACCCUAAGACCCUGUUAGCGUGUGCCUCCAAGCCCACCAAGGCUGCCCUGGCCAGACUGGGACAUUUCUCUGUUUCGUCUUUCCAUGCUCUGAUCUGUGCCAGAGCCCCAGUAAAUGCAUCAGUCACACCCUGCACUCAUGUCAAAAAGAAGAAAGGCCUGCUAUCCACACUGCGAGGAAGUGACUCUAAAAAGAAGAUCCGAACUCCAACCAGAGAGCCAAAGGGUCCAAACAGUGUAUUUGGCACGCCCUCCUCCAGUGUGUGUGAUGUGAGGGAGACGGACCUGUCCAAGGGUGCAGACAGCCCCAGGAGCACCUCUGAAAGUGGAAUCGCGGACGUAAGUGGCCCCACCACCCCCAGCGGAGCCCUGUUGUUAGACAGGCUGGGGGUGAGGUGCAUACGGGUCCUCCUCCCUAACGACCACGUUACCAUGGUUACGGUGCAGUCCUGGAUGACGGUCCAGGACGUUCUAACCAUUGCAUGUCUGAAGCGAGGAGUCGACCCUCGUGACCACUUCCUGCAGCUGAAACAGUACGGUCCUGACGGGAUGGAGCUCGUCACUCCGGACAGGAAAAUACUCAUGGACAACCUGGUGUUUGAAGAAGUGGUUGUUUCUCCAAAGUGUAUCUACCAAGUGGAGCUGACAAGGGAACCAACAGGAAGUUUUGGUUUCCGUGUGGAUGCAGAGCUUGGUGCAGAUGGUGAGAUGGAGGAUGAACUCAGGGUGUUUGUGUCUGCUGUAGAGAGGGGAGGACUCGCUCACCAGAAAGAUGUGCUUGCAGGAGAUGAGGUGCUGGUAAUAAACGGCAGAGUUGUGUAUGAUCUGGACAUGAUCUACAUCGAGAGCCUGCUGCAGGGACCUGCACUCACCCUCACACUGCGCACCAACCGCCCUGAGUCUCAGGUCGCCUCGCUACACCUCCGCACCACAGACAUGCUGAUCGAUCAGCUGAUCUGCCCACCGCCUCCCAGCCAAUCAGAGUACGAGGAUCCGACUUUAGAUGACCUCAUCAUCCCAGCUCCUACUGACUUUGACUUCAGCCCCAGAAGUGACUCCCCUCGGUCCAGCGUUGUUAGUGUUACCUCGCCUCUCCAGGACCAGUCUCCAUGGCAACAGUCUCCACGGAGACAGAGCAGACAGGAUGUUGAUUCAUUGCUACAGAGAGCAGAGGAGGUGACUGACCUGUGCCGCAGCCACCACAACUCAGGGAACACGUCUCCACGGAGGUUCAGCGUCUCCAAGGAGCUGUCCAACUGUCAGAAACUCAGGAAGGUCAUUCUGGAGCUGGUCACCACGGAGAAGACAUACGUCAAGGACAUGGAGUGCCUACUGGACAGAUAUCUACAUCCUCUCCAGAAUGAGUCAUUCUUGUCACCUGAUGAGCUUGAGGCUCUGUUUGGGAACAUUGAGGAGCUGGUUCAGUUCCAGAGGAAGUUCCUACAGGCUCUGGAGGACAGCGUUUCUAUAGAACCCGACUUUCACACGGUGGACUCUCCCACUAAGUUUAGGAAAACGCUGUUCUCCAUCAGUGGAGCUUUCCUGUAUUACGUGGACCACUUCAAGCUGUACAGUGCCUUCUGUGCCAGCCAUUCCAAAGCCAUCAAAGUCCUUGAUCCUGGUAAAGGUAAUGCAGCCUUCCGAGCCUUCCUGGAGGCGCGAAACCCGAAGCACCAGCACUCAGCCACGCUGGAGUCGUACCUCAUCAAACCCAUCCAGCGCAUCAUGAAGUACCCACUUCUGCUGAAACAGCUGGCAGCACUGACCAACCAGGAGUCAGACGAGCACUUCCAUCUCUCGGAGGCCCUGAAGGGGAUGACUUCUGUAGCUGAACACAUCAACGAGAUGCAGCGCCUCUUCGAGGAGUAUGGGGGCAUUUUUGAUGUUCUCAUCAGGGACCAGCCAUAUGCUAAGAAAGAGGUGUCCCACCUAAGGAUGGGAGACCUGCAGCUGUUUGCCAACGCCUUGUGGCUCAACUCUUCUGAUGACAUCAAGCACAAGAAGGGCACUGAGCCGGAAAUGGCCAUAUUUGUGUUUAAAGGAGCUGUAGUGCUGGUGUGUAAGGAGGACCAGAGACACAAGUGGAAGCUGACCCUGACCAGGAAACAGGGGAGAGAGGUGUUGGAGGACAGGGAGAGGGAAGUCGUGUUGUUCAAGAGGAUGGUUCCUGUGUCACAGCUGCAGAUCCGCAACAGCAACACCAAUGAUACGUAUGGCCGCUGUGUGUGGGAGUUGGUGCACAGUAAGUCACACAAGGAGGGCAGGCCGGAGAAGGUCUUCCAGUUCUGCAAUAGUACCCCAGAAGCAAAGAACGGUUUCAUGAAGGUCAUCCGACAGGUGAUCAAGGAAGCCGCCAGCAGGUGUUCCAGCGUCACGCCAAAAUCCCUGCUGCGGAUGAAACGCAUGGAGGGAACGCGUCGGCUGAUGGACCGGAAACGGCGACACACUGUCGCGGUGAACGAGGUCGCUGGUGUGACCCUUCCCGGCGCACUGGGGGGCGUGGACUUUGGCAGCAACCCCAGCAAUAGUUCCGAACCUCGAAACGCUAACAGACUCCAUCAGAGGCGGUCGUCGGAGCACUGCGUAGAAACGUACGACAACUUACAGGACAGGGACAGACCUGUGACUUUCCACGAGUCGCUAGGCAACGACAGUCACCGUGGAAACAUGCAGAGGGACCAUGGCGUCGCGUGUAGGACGUUAAAUUUUGACCAAAGCUCGGGAAUGCUUACGGGAAGAGCGCUUGACUAUGUGGUGGAUAGCGAUACGGAAGAUCCGACCGUCGUACGAGCGUACCUACCCAUAGCUUCCAGUCGAGCUGGCUUAGAAGAGUGGAAUGACUUUGCAACGACAGAUUGUUAACUUAAAGAUGUUUUGUUGUAUUGCUUGCUCGCUAGCGACGUCUUUGUCAUGUCAUGCGUUUGUGAAGUGCUAUACUGUAACAGUGAAAAUAACUUAAAGGAAAGGGCUGGGGUAAUAUUAAAAAGAUGAUAAGUCGGUUUGUUUAUACAUGAAUAUCUUUGCAUUCAUUCCAUCAUAGCCAUAUUAUUUGUACCUGGAUGGUGCCUUACGAUCGUG